AUGGAUUGGUUCGGGAUCGGAGGUGGGGGGAUUCGAAGGAGAGCCUGAGAAAUUUUUGGAUCAACCUUCAAUCCGAAUCUGUCUGCAAGUUCCGCAGCAGUAGCAGCAGUUCUGUUGCUCUCACUUCUUGGCCUCUCUGUGACUCUUAGGGUUUGGUCCAGUGUUCUUCUCAUCUUCGUCUUCCUUCUCCUUCCUCGUUAGGGUUUCUUUGUCGAAGAUCGAGUCUUUUGCUCUGAUCUGGGGAAACUCGUGGAGGAAGCAGAUGGAAGGAAGAAGGAUUACAGCAAGCCCUAGACCCUGCAGCGGAAGGAGGGUUGUCGCCAAGAAGAGGUCUCGACCUGACGGCUUCGUCAACAGCGUCAAAAAGCUCCAACGCCGUGAAAUCUCCUCCAGUAAGGACCGAGCUUUCUCCAUGAGCACCGCCCAGGAGAGGUUCCGCAACAUGCGCCUCGUGGAGCAAUAUGACACUCAUGAUCCAAAAGGGCAUUGUCUAGUGGCACUACCCUUUUUGAUGAAAAGAACCAAGGUCAUCGAGAUAGUGGCGGCUCGUGACAUUGUAUUUGCUCUUGCCCAUUCCGGUGUUUGCGCUGCCUUCAGCAGAGAGACAAACAAAAGGAUAUGUUUCUUGAAUGUUAGCCCAGAUGAAGUUAUCCGCAGCUUGUUCUACAACAAGAACAAUGAUUCUCUCAUCACAGUUUCAGUUUAUGCCUCAGAUAAUUUCAGCUCUUUGAAAUGCAGAUCCACUAGGAUUGAGUAUAUUUUGAGGGGUCAGCCGGAUGCAGGGUUUGCUCUGUUUGAGUCUGAAUCAUUAAAGUGGCCUGGUUUCGUAGAGUUUGACGAUGUGAAUGGGAAGGUGCUGACAUAUUCUGCACAAGACAGUGUAUACAAGGUUUUCGACCUGAAAAACUAUACAAUGCUGUAUUCUGUAUCAGAUAAACAUGUCCAAGAAAUAAAAAUCAGUCCUGGAAUAAUGUUAUUAAUUUUCAAGAGAGCUACUAGUCAUGUUCCCCUGAAGAUUCUCUCGAUAGAAGAUGGCACAGUUCUCAAGUCCUUCAAUCAUUUGCUUCACCGAAACAAGAAGGUUGAUUUCAUUGAACAGUUCAAUGAAAAACUUCUUGUUAAGCAAGAGAAUGAGAAUCUCCAAAUUCUUGACGUUCGAAAUGCUGAGCUGAUGGAGGUCAGCAGGACGGAAUUCAUGACGCCAUCAGCAUUCAUCUUUUUGUAUGAGAAUCAGUUGUUCCUAACAUUCAGGAACCGAACUGUUUCUGUGUGGAAUUUUCGCGGGGAACUCGUUACGUCAUUUGAGGAUCAUCUCCUAUGGCAUCCAGACUGUAACACGAACAAUAUCUACAUAACGAGUGAUCAGGAUCUCAUCAUUUCGUAUUGCAAGGCAGAUACGGAAGAUCAGUGGAUAGAAGGAAACGCCGGGUCGAUUAACAUAAGCAAUAUCUUGACUGGGAAAUGCUUGGCAAAAAUAACGGCGAGUAGUGGGUGUCCCAAGGAAGAAGAAGAGUGCAGCAGCAGUUUAGGGAGCUCGAAGCAGAGAAGAGGCGCAGUUGCAGAGGCUUUGGAAGACAUAACUGCACUUUUCUACGACGAAGAACGUAACGAGAUUUACACUGGAAACAGACACGGCCUCAUUCAUGUCUGGUCCAAUUGAAAUUUUCACCCCCUUUUUUUCUCUUACUAAGCUGUGAAUCGUGUUUUCUUGAAAUGAAUUUGUGUGUAGUGUGUGUGAUUGGUCGUCUCUUUAGUCUUUGAGCAGAUGUUGCUUCUACUAUGAAUUGACAGUGUAGUCUGUACACUAGAUACGAUUUGUCUGUUUAUGACUUCUGUUCACGGGUCAUGCCCCUUGCCUGCCCGGUGAUCUCGGAUUUGAUUAUUUAGUUUUCAAAAAUAUUAUAA